AGCAAAUCAAAUAAAAUCUUUGUUUUUGAGUUAAUUUAUUUAGAUUAAACGUUUUGGUACACUUUUAUGCGAUUUAUUGAGAGCAAGCCUUAUUCAGUGUUAGUGAUAUGCGUUCUAUUGUAAAUUAACGAUAAAGAUGGCUAUUUUAUGGAGAAAACCGUAGCGUCGAAUUGAAGUCAUUGGAAAGCUUGUUAUAACAUUAAUAAAAAGGUCCCUAUGCUCGACCAUGGGCUCGUCACCGCCCUACUUCCCCGCGCGGGACAGCCCCAGCAUCCUCGAGCCCGUCGAGGACCCCUCCCCGCCCCGCUCCCCCUCCCCCGUCCUCCGCGCCCCCUCCCCCAUGCGGCUCCAGCACUCCGGCACCUUCACGCCCCGGGACAACAGCAACGGCAGCUUCCCCAACGAUGACAACAACUCCAACUCCAUAGACGGAGUGUUUCCAUCACCUUCCACUUACACCUACGACCCUGAAGAAAGCGAUUCCAGUUUAGCGCAGUGGCCGAGGCGAGACAAUGCAGCCCCGAGCCCUUUCGUCUCCAACGAAAACAGUAUGUUCAGCACAGCCACGUCUAAUGAGGAAUCCAACUCAUUACCUGAGGUUAGUGUGCGUGGGGAAGGCAGCGAACGCGGAGAGGAUACAGAUGAACCGCCAGCGAAGAUCAGAAAGGUCAGUUCCCCUAAACAAUCACCCCAGCAGGACGAUGGAGAUGGAGAGACAUGCCCUAUCUGCUUAGAUUCCUGGUGCACCUCAGGAAACCAUAGACUAGUAGCUUUAAAAUGUGGGCAUCUCUUUGGUUUACGCUGCGUCGAGCGCUGGCUUAAAGCUAAAACUCAUAAAGAACGCUGCUGCCCAACUUGCAAAAGCAAAGCCACCAUGAAAGACGUAAGAAACAUCUACGCAAGGAAGAUCAUAGCUGUCGACACUUCAGAAAUCACUACAAUGCAGAAGCAAGUUGAACAUGUGACUGUAGAAAAGAGCAGAGUGGAGCUAGAAUUACAGAAGUCUAAAAUAGCACAUCGUGCAUGUCUUCAACAGUUAGAAACUCUUAGGACCACGUUGUUAAAAGCACAAGUUAAACCACAGGUCAAGAGAUCCUGGCGCUUCGCGCUGGAGAAGAAUUUAGAGAUCUGCAAAGACGGUGGCUGUAGAGUUAUGACGUACAACUGCCGGACUUAUGAGCUGUACGUGUCUCAGAAAAGCACUAAUGGCUUGUUUCCUGGUUACGGCAUUAGGAAAGUGAGUUGCGUGGACUAUAAGCAGGGACAAUUCGUGCAUUUGCACCCCAAACCUAUUAGAGACAUAUCAUAUUCGCAACCUAAGGAUUUGCUUCUAAGUGUAGGUUUGGAUAGCUGCGCGAGAAUAGUGGAGCGAGGUAUCCCGAGUACUACCGUCCAAGCGGGUGUUCAACUCUGGUCUUGUGCUUGGGAUUCUUUAAGAACUAAUGAAUUCUACGUGGGUGGUGUAGGAGGUUUCAUCCAGCAAUAUGAUAUUAGAAAUCCCAGUUCGUACAUUCAGCAGUUAUCAGCGCCGGGUGAUAUGUCACCAGUAGUGUCCUUAUGUCCUACGGAAUUCGGUCUGUUAUCCUGUAAUUUAAAUUCGUGCUGGUUGUGGUCGUGGCGCGGCAACGGGCAGUGGGAGCCGCGGGCUUUGCCUGUGGAAGGUCCUUUUAUGUCCAUGUGUUAUGAUAACGACACUCGUAGAGCUAUAGUGUCGUGUAGGCCUGCGAAUGGUGAGCGGGCGAAACUGUCCUUAUGUCAGUUUAGGAACGACGAUGAUGUUACGUGCCAUGCUGAGCAGACGUUUCAGGGAUCUGCUAGGAGUUCUAUAAUGUCGAGGUCAGCUUGGGUUCGCGCUGAAGGGGCGACUUGGUUGGCGUCUCACUCUGAGUCCGCUGGCGCUUUAGUUCUCCACGGGUUGGACGGGGCCCGCGGGGCUUCGCUGCCGGCAGCGGAGCCCGCGAUAGACGUGUGCUCGGUCCAGCUGAACGGAGAUACCUUGCUGGCAGCGUUGUCCGAGGCGCGGCUAAGAAUAUACAAGGCUGUACCUACUAGUUAGAGUUUAGAGUAACUAUCUUGUCUUAGACUUGCAAUAACUUAUAUAGAAUCGAUUUGGCCAAAUAAAUGAACUCCGAAAUUGGCUAGUCUCAUUUAAAACUCAAUUGCUCAUGUAUAAACGUAAAAUUUUAAACACAUAGGUAUGGUCAUCUCAAAAUAAUUGUGUUAAUAUUUAGUUACUAAAUCGUUUGAAUCAAUUUGUUCGGAUUAGAUGCUUGUUUAUAAAAUAGCGACGACAAGUACCUAAGGCUCAUUCAACAUGAAUCAUGAUUGUGGACUUGUGUAGUAAACUUCUGUUGCACUUUUCUUUGUAGUCCCACAUUUGUAAAACAAAGCUCAUUAGGCACUGAGCGUUUUAGUGCUUUGUUACGCCAGCACUUUAGCAGCUAUAGGCAAUUUCUAUUGAUAUCCAUGUCACGGGAAAAUGUUCGGGUGACUGUGAAUAGCCGGGUCC